ACUUAAACAUGAGAUCAAGAAAUCACAAUGGAACAGACAUCGAGCAGGUAACAGAGUUCAUUUUAAUUGGCUUCCAGUUGUCUAGGUCUCUGGAAAUCUUUGUUUUUGCUCUGCUCUUGGUGGUUUUUCUGUUAACACUUGCUGGCAAUUUCACCAUCAUCCUGCUGGUAGGCUUCAAUAAAUGCUUCCAUACGCCGAUGUAUUUCUUCCUUUGCAACCUUUCUCUUUUGGAGAUCCUUUUUAUCUCCUCCAUCACCCCUAAAAUGUUGAUGAACCUUAUGUCCAGGAACAAAGCCAUCUCUUUCCUAGCCUGUGCUGCUCAGUGCUAUUUUUAUUUCUUCCUUGGAACCACUGAAUUCAUCCUCAUUGCUGUGAUGUCCUUUGACCGCUACGUUGCCAUCUGCCAUCCACUUCGCUAUGCCACCAUCAUGAAUGGUUGUUUCUGCACUUGUUUGGUCCUAUUUUGUUGGAUUGGAGGGUUCCUUUCUACCAUUGUCUCCUUCUGUUUGAUCUUUCGAUUAUCAUUCUGUGACUCAAACAUCAUAGACCACUUUUUCUGUGACUAUGGUCCAAUGAUAACCCUUUCUUGCAGUGAUGUCCACGUCCUUUUGAGUCUAGCCUCCAUCCUAUCCUCUGUGGUACUCCUCAGCUCUUUGUCAAUCACUGCUAUCUCUUACCUCUACAUCAUUGUCACCAUCUUUCGUAUGAAAGCUACCAAAGGUCAACAGAAGGCCUAUUCCACUUGUGCAUCUCACAUCAUGGUGGCUUCCAUCUUCUAUGGCAGUGCCAUUUUUAUGUACUCAUUGUCUAACAAGGAACGCUCUCAGGAUAUCCAGAAAGCAGUGGCAGUUUUAACUGCAGUGGUCACUCCACUGCUGAACCCUUUUAUUUAUACCUUAAGGAAUGAGAAGGUCAAGGAGACCGUAAAGGAUUUUUUAAAGAGAAAGAAGAUUCCUUUAUGAAGAUGCUGGAGGCCCCUAAAGAGCUUUUUCCAUCUCCUGCAGGAUUGACGCUAUUUGAGGGAUGCAAGAAUAUUUGAGUGGCAAACUGGUAACAAAUAGGCUAUUGAUUGCAAAGGUUUUUGUGAAGUGGUUUAUUUCCUUAUAGGAAUUAGAAUGGCCAAAAAUUAAAAACACAUAUAACAUAUUUAAAUAUGUACCAUACAAAUUAAAUAAACUACUCACAGUUGCCAUUUUACAGAUUUAUUCUGUUUUCCCAUAUUGAACAUGUGUUACUGUGUGGCUAGUUUGACAAAGAUUAUUAAUCUUUUCACAACCUUCCCGGGGCAGUCUGAGAAAUUUAUAAUGGCUUUGUUUUAACUGAUAAAGAUCCCAGAGUCACAGAGUUACAUUCAGAGUUACUUAUCUUUGAAUCAAAGAUUCAAAAUAGAAUUAUAACCAUGAAUGCUGAGUUACUGUAGAUAUUUAGCAGUUCUCUAGAGAUGAUCUGAUCUGACAUUAUCUUACUUUUAUUGUACCUUGCUAUAGUAAACACGGUCUUUGCACUGGUUAUCUGAUUCACCAACUGGAGUAAUUCCCAGACCAAGAAAUCUUAUUCAUUAUGUCCCAUGACUUAGUUAGCUCCUAUUUGGAUUACUGUACACUUGUACGUUAGGCAGCUUUAAAGAACACUUGGAAGCUGUCGAUGGCCCACCAUGAAACUACACAGGCAAUUUUUGACUUUCUACACAAUACCUGUAUGAUAUCACUGCUCUGUGAGCUAUGCAGGUGUGAUUCAAGGUGCUCGUUGUCAGCUGUAGAGUCCUACAUGGCAUAGAGUCAAGCUAUUUGUUGGAUUGCCUGUCUCCAGUUAUUUCUGCUCACCCUACCAUGUUUCUCCUAUCAACUAAUGUCAGCCUGGUCCUUGCUCUAGAACAGCAUCUUUUCAGAGAUCCAGGUGGCCCCAAGCUUUAUAAACCUUUCAUAAAGCAUUGAAGACCUGGCUUUGCCCAAGGUACUUGGGCCAUGACAUUCUGCAAGUUCUGCUAGUUCUGAUUGUUAUUUUCAACUGUAAGUUGAGAAUGAUAUCUUUGAGUUGGACUGUAUUAUUCAAAUGGUUGGAGUAAUUAUUGCUUGUUAUCACUUUGUAUAGCAUCCAAGAUCAUUGCUUUGAAAUGGGCAACCAUAUUAAUUGUUUAAAUGAAUGAAGUUUAAAUUCUAUUGUGUCCUUAUUCAGGUCCUCAAUCAUAACAAAACUUUAUUGUUGAAUAAAUAUACUUUGCAAAAAAAAAAA